AUGUUUGUUGGAGGGGUGGAGCCGUUUCCUGAGGUGCAUGAGAACUCUUGUGGCAGCUCUAGGGAGAUGGAGAACAGCGUAGAGAAUCGGUCAAACACGUCUACGACAUCAGCGGGUGAUCAUGGUACCUCCAUGUCGACAGGGAUAUGCGGGAGUGGAGCAGUGCUUGUUAUGAUUUGCGAAUUUGACUCAUUGAUUCACUACAGUGUAAGUAGGCCUUCUUACUUUGGUUAUCCUACCAGUACCAGCAUAGGUUCUACUUUCUUCUGAUUCUAAUUCUCAUUCUAAAGGCCCAAGAGGCCUGAUCAUGUUUUCUAGUCCUGAAACCCUCUAAGACUUAAUAAUGUUUUCUGUAUGAUGAUCAUGUUUUCUAUGAUGUAUUACUGAAAAAUCCCUUCUCUAAUCCACGCGGCAGUUCAUCUUCGAGUUCCUCACGAACGUGGCUGUGUCAGCAAUGCACUACUUGGAUAGCCAUGGAAGAGGAGCGGUGUCCUGUUUGCAGCAUGUGGGAGGCACCAAAACCCAAGCGACAGAGAGUACUCUUGCUAGACCUCCCUUAUUUCAGUCAGUACCUCGGUUAUUUUCAGUAGUUGCUCGCUUAUUUCAGUUUUUCGAAUAGAGAGUUUCCAGCAAGAACCAGUAGUACUGGGAAGAAGUUAAAAUAUUUUUGUACUAUGAGCUGCACAUCAUGAUCUGACGUGCUAGCAAAGAGUAUCCGAAGGACUUGAUGAUUUAGACCCUAACAUCAAGAACAACUCAGUAGUAGUAGCACCACAGAUCCACGACGACCUUCUCCCAAACAACACCCCACAACUAGUUGCCGACGCCGCAACGCGAUGGGCAGAAGGGACGGGAGAAAGGACGUGAAAAGGGUAUGCAGCGAAGAGGAGCAGGCUCAUGGCACUGCGCGGACUGUUAUUACGAUAAUUUUCCGGAUAGAACAACCUGCAAUAAGUGCCUGAAGCCGAGAGAAGCAUGCGAAGGUUAGAUUUCUUUCUAAAAUCAUCUUCAAUAUGCUGUUGUCUAACGAUUGGAGACGAUCUGAUCAUCGUACUUUUGCAUUUGUGAUUGUUGAAAUUUGUUUUCUCUUUUGUCUAAUCAGGACUUUUUAAUAAGUAAGAACGAAUUUUACUCCAAAAAAAAUGUAUAGGUAAAGGAGCGUGUGGAGUAGAGGGAGAGAGUGCAAAUGGGGCCACCGCUAAAAAAUGCACCACAACAGUUGUUGCUACAACAGUAGCUGCAGGUGAUCUCUGCAACAUUUUUUAGAAGCGCUCAUUAUUGCCAGCUAGUGUGGUGGAGGUUUUUUUUUGUUUACGUAUGCAUCUUUUAAGGAAGAGUAAGAGUAUUUUUUCUUUCGUGUUUGCUUUGCAAGAUUUGUUUCUUUGCUAGUCAGUAUCAUCUUGCACUUUUUCUCUGAAUUUAUCGAUGUUAACUUUUCUUGCACUGAAAAAAAACACAGCAGGAUCAGACAUGGGGAUAAAACGAAAGCUACCGGAUCCUAGCCGCGCGAUGCUGGACUACGACCCUGCCCUGCCAGAUCCCUUCACAGCAAAAGGAAAAGGCAAGGGGAAAGCCGGUCUGAGAAGCUUAGCAGCUUUACUUGGGAACAAUAAACUGGAUAUUAAGGCUCUGAGUUAGAUCUUGAAAUGACAGAGACAGUUAUUUAAUAAUGCCUUGAAACAAAUAAGUCUGUUUAGUUAAUUAGGGGGUAAAAGUCGUCAGGGAAAUCUUGGGCAGGUUGCCUAAUAGAUUCGCGUCAGUUUUUAGGGCAACAAUUUGGGCGUGUACUACUACCCAGUCUCUUCUUCUAUUUCACUUAGCUCCUCCAAUGUCCUCGCAGACCUAGAACGGAUAUUUGCGUCAUCGAAGGAGCUAAGGGAAGCAGCAGCGGCACAAGGCAUUUACGACGUACAUCAACUGCAGUCAGCUCUAGUCGCAAUAGUUAGACAACAAGCAAGCUCGAUGGCGUCUAAUAGAAAAGACACCUACAACCGUGGCAAGGGCGGAGCGAGAAGUGGUAGUGGCUUUCGAUUGAGUAGAAGUAUUCUUAAAAUUUCAUGAUGAUCACGACGUUGAUCCCUGUAAGUAUGUUGUUUGUUUUUUGUGUCACGAAGACUGAGCAAAGGCAUCCUAUCAUAUCCAUUUAGACGUAGACAAUUGUAAAGCUGCAGUCUAAAUAUAACAUCUUCAUCAAAAGAAGUGCAAAACCUUGCAACACCUAAAAAAGACCAACAACCCUCUCUCCCACCCCUUGCAACUAGACAAUACCUCGCGAACAGGUAAAUGAAUGAAAUCAAACAUCAUCAACGCCCCCUGAUUGGGUUCACCAUAUAACAUCUUCAUCAAACAUCAUCAACAUCCCCUGAUUGGGUUCACCAUAUAACAUCUUCAUCAAACAUCAUCAACAUCCCCUGAUUGGGUUCACUACUCCACCCCGCGGACGACCACAGGCGUCCACGAAACAUUGCGGAUGACGGAUUCAGGACACGUAGUACCAGUGGAUAAGAGUUCAUCACGUACGUCAACGAUUGAAGACGUUGAGCACCUGAAUACGCUCUUCCGGGAUAGCAGUACUUUUUACUAGUUUUAUGUACAAUUAGACAAUACCUCGCGAACAGGUAAAUGAAUGAAUGAAUGAAUGAAUGAAUGAAUGAAUGAAUGAAUACAACUUACUACUUUCAUGCGCGGCAGCGUACUUACUACUUUCAUGCGCGGCAGCGUUGCUACAUUUAUAAAUUUCAGUAGUCUACUUUACCUGUAAUCAUGACGAAAAUGAACUGCUUGUUUUGCACCAACCCAGAUGGCGGUCAUGGUCCUUGAAUCAUUGUCAGGUACAAAUAGCGCAGGCACGUCGCCAGAGAUAGCGAAAGUUAAGGAGGAAAAGAUGCUCUAUGAGGGGAUCUUGCAAAAGCUGAAGGAGAAUAAGGUACAACUUCUACUUCUGCCUUGAGUCAAACAUCUAGAUCAUUGCUGUCACAUUCGAUUUGUGCAAAUGCUCAUACUCGUCGCUUACUCGUUCAAAUAUCUUGAUCAGUCUAAUAAUUAAAACUUCUGCAAUACCCCAUGAAUGCGUACACGACUACUACUACUACUAAACCAUUACUCCCCAGGAAGAAGAAGAUUACGACUUUGAUGCUUUUGGGCCUUCUGAGAAGUGUCCCUUAGCAGACCAUCCGGAGCUAGAGAAUUAUGGCAUUAAUGGCCCAGAGCAUACGACACUCCUCAAAUUCUGGUCAGGGAGCUCGCGAAAAGAGGCUGAGGUACUUCUUGUUUUGUAGUUAAGGGUUUCCAAAUUUCAUCCUCCACCAGCAUCCUCGAGCUUAUUUCUAGUAGGAAAAAGGCUAAGAGUGUUCUGAGGAAUGCAAUUCUGCAACCUCAAACGUAGUUGACAAUCAUAAUCAAGCUGAAACUCUUUUUUUGCUUCAUUCUUUCCUUGACAACCUCCUCGAGGCUAGCUACCGUUUCAAAAUCCGUUUUCAGUUUCGUGUCUCCCACCUGCUCAAUUUGUUUUAGGUACAAUCAUCAUCGUCAUCAUCAUCCCCAGCUCUCGCCACUACUUCUACAGAUCUGUCCUCGAUUCCACGUCCUAGAAGCUGGCGAAUGGCGCUGUGCAGGUUGCGGCGGAGAUAACCGAAAUCAAGACCGUAUUUGCACACACUGCGAUGAGAUUCGGGAAACGACACAAUGGUUAUAAGGCUCCAAAGAUUCAGAAUAUGUUGAUUCUUCUGAGCUGGUGUCAAUGUGUUGAUUCUUUUUGAGUCUCUUCUGCGAUACGACAGUUCAUCUCUAUUAGCGAUGCAAACAAAGUGAAGAAAUAUGCGCACAUUUACUUCGGUCAUCCAACAUCAAAACAGUAAUAAUAUCUUAUCUCGCAUCUAACUAGCUAAUUAAAUCUUCUGUACCCCGCGAUUGGGUACACUACUACUACUACUCCUACUACUACUCGUGCUCGUCCUCCUGUUCGUCCCUCUCUUCUAAUUUCCCUGUCGCCAUAGUUGUACAUGGCAGCCAAAUGUCGUAGGCGACGCAGAAAAAGUGGAGAUGUGUGCCGUGUGCAAGAAACCUCGGACAAGAUGCGAAGCAACGCCAGAGAUGGAAGUCUUUCGGAUAUUUGGGUACUUACUUCUACGUACUUGAUUUUAUUUCUUAAAUUUGUUGCUCAUCAGAAUUUGUACUGAGAGAUGUGAAGACGAAAUCGGCAACCAUGAUCGGCAUAAACAAGCCUCAAAAUUGACCUCUUGCCAGGCACAUCAAUCAAUCAAUCAAUCUGCCAGACUACGACUAGGGCAUCAGUAAGACUAAGAUUCCAAGUCGUCGUUCUUAAGCUAUCCUCGUGUGUACACAUCAAAAUUCUUGAUCCAAGGUAUCGCCAUGAGGAAUCGGAGGAAGGGACGACGUAUGAGGAUUUGGUACACGGAAUGGUCUGCGUGAUGAAGCGCAUUCUGAAACGUUAUUCCAUCAUGGAAGAAAAGGAGCGAUGCCUUGCCAAUGGAGGUUAAAGGAAUGCCUUCUAUCAGAGGCAAUGCAGUGGUAUAGGCAGCACUUCACUACGACAGGGCUUCACUACGAGAUCUUAAGUAUCUUCUGGGUAUCCGCGUAUUAUGUGGAUGAAUGUUGAAUAUUUGACUUCCUGCUAUGACUUCUUGCGGGAGCAGGGUGGGAGAUGACUGGCAAGGUUGUUGUAUUCAGUACAUAGCAGCUACCUGCCUCGUUCUUGAAGAGUGAUGCGUAGCUGCUUUGUGCGCACAUCAGCCAUCCUACUCCAAUCCUCGAUGAAUGAUGCUAUAUUAUUUGGGACUAUAAUUUUGUACAGUCGUGGAAGGCAUGUGAAGGUCAGUCAUGAUCUUUGUACUACUGUAAAUAUCACAUUGGUUUCACUACAAACUACUACGAGUCUUUUUACUACAAUCCUUCGAUGAAAUAAACAGAAGUAUCCUACUUACUAAGAACAAGAACUGACUGAUGUUAUUGUAUGCCUUCGAAAUUUCCAUAUGAUCUUUGUUUUUUUAAUCUUUUCCAUCGUGUGUAUUGGUGUAGUGGCUUUUCAAGUUUGUUACCUUAUAUCUGGCACUAUUGUUGAUACUAAUCUCUUCCUGUAAUUCCUAUCUGAUUCUCAAACCAUGACUGCGGGUGCUAAUAUGAAUCGAAAUGAAUAUCAAAGGUACACUAUACUACUACUACUAAGGCUAUAGUCGUUCCUUAUUGGAUGAUAUUGUGGGAUCAAAUAAUUAAAGCGUCCUUUGGAUUAUAAAAAUUGGGUGAAUUCUUAUAGAUGGUGAGUACUAGUAUGAUGAUGUCCAAAAUUUUGAAUAUUUUUGCUCGUCCCUUACUUACAGUUAUGAAGAGAUUGUCGCUCCGCAGGUUUUCUUGACAGCCCCCCUCCAACGAAUUUCUUUCUUCCUACAAUAGUAUGUGUAAAUCCUUAGUACAACGUCUUCUACGAAAGCGAAUAUUUACGGUACCGCAAUAAAUCGUGUCAUGAGGUGAAACAAGAAACUAUUGUGUAGUCAUCACACACAAUUGUUUCUUCUUCUUCACAACCAUGAAAUGUACUAUCUCUCUCCUUUUCCUAAUGAGCCUAAAUUUUCCAGUCACUUGUGCCUAAGAAAUAAUCGACUUCGACAAUCUGACCUCGAGUUGCCUCUCGCGUUACCUAAGCCACUUCUCCUGCUUAUAGCACUCUAUCACUUAGCCAGUGUGGCUAGUGAUGGUUGCCUGAGUGGACCACCAUAUUCACCACCACUAGACCACUACCUAUGAGUAUGCUUACAAGCCACCUCGUUCACCAUGGAUUAUUCUAGAAAUAUUAUUUCUUAUAUCAAAAUCAACACUUGCUCUGUACAUCUCCCUACUAAAACAAAAAAAUACAAGACGAACAAAUCAGUGAAUACCCGCAUUACACCCUAAAUCCCAUUUAUUUCCCCCCUGUGUCGCCAAAGUUGCGACCUUACUUUUAGUUCUUAAAAUAAAACAAGCGCCAUAUCAUGAUGUUUCUCUUGGCAACGCGGUGAUUGUACGCAAGAGAUGUAUUCUUGGCCGGAUUGAACGAGUUGGCUCGUCUAUUUGUCAUACCUAAUUGUUGUGAGAUGUACUUGACUUCAAGAACUUCUAUGUGAAUGUUGUACUAUCCUGUACUUUGCACAACAAAUAUUAAGAAUUAAUUGUGAUACCUGUUCUCAUAAGCCAAUAACUUCUAGAGACAAGAAGUCCUGUUCAACAUGACCAUCCUGCUAUUGGAAUUUUCUGCUUGAUUCUAAUGGGAAGAUGUUUACCAAAACUUCUUGUUCUCCAGAAAAUAAGAUGUUUGUCCGCUAUUGUUCUCGCUGUGGAGGGAGACUGGAGCAU